AUGUCUGAAACUGCGACAAACCACCUUGCCGACCAGGUCGCACAGCUCAAUGCUGCUCGAAAUCUCGUUCUCGGUGACGCCGCCUUCUACCCGCAGAUUGUGAACGGCAUCAUUCCAAUAAUCGGUGCGCACGCGCGAUUGGAACUGCGACGAUGGGGAGCGGAAUUUCUGGCAGAAACAUUCGCCAGUCCCGCUUUGGCGACGGCGCAAAAGGAACAAUUGGCGGGCAAGGUGUUACGGACGAUACGAGAGAUCUUAGAGUUGCCUGAGGGAGACACCCCGGUCUUGAAGCAUAUAGUGCAGAUUGCGGCCAGCUUGUAUCCGCUGGCUUUUAGACACAUAAUCAAUCAUCCAGAAGACAGCGCUUUGUGGGACGAUAUGACGGCUGUCAAGCAAGAUAUUCUACGCAAAUGGGACUCAUCUCCUUAUCCAGUCAAAGUGUGCUGUAUCAAGUUUGUUCAGCGGGUCGUUCAGGUGCAGACACAUGGCCCCAUUGCAGAUCCUAGACGCCCUGAACAUAAUGAAACGUCCUUGGCUAUCGUUCCCAAAAAUCACUCCGUUUUAGCUCUACCCAAUCUCGAGGCGGAGGCCUCUGGCCUGCUAGAUAGGCUGCUGUCAGUCUUCCAAGAAGACGCGAGCGAUCCUCUCCUCGUUAAUGCUACGCUAAACUGCCUGGCGGUGUUGAUCCGAACUCGACAGUCCGUUGGGAACAAGAUCAUCAAUGCUGUUCUGAACUUUUACCCUGCGAAACAGGUGCACUCUCCACUGACGCCUGCUAUCCGUGUCGGCGUCAAAUCGAUGGAACGAACGGCUAGAGCUUUGUUUGUAAAUAUCCUGAAGAAAAAUCCAAGUCAUCCCCUCGCGAGCAAAAUGCAGCACCACAUGGAACGUUUGAUGCAGUCCCGCUUCGAAAUCGUAGACGAUGCAUCCAGAAAGCGAGGACUGCCAUUUGAGCCGACGGAUGGGCUUGAUAAUGCCAAACGCGCCAGACUCGAUGCAGAAACGCCUCCAUUGAUCAAGAUUCCUCCUCUUCCACCCGGUCCUAUCAGUUACGCUCAGCUGUACACCUUAACCGAAGACUCGGGUCUUUCGUCCUUUGAUGUGAAACAAUUACCACCCGAUCUCCUAGUCAAGAUCGCGGUCCCCGUGCUAGCUCGGGUCGAUCCGUCUGCGUUGAUGCAGGCUGUUGAAGCUAUCCGAGGUCGAUAUCAGACUCUUAGUCAACAGCAGGCCGCGAAACCUCAGGUAGCAGUCACCGAGGAUGAGGAUGAUGACUAUGAACCCGAAUACCAACCUAUGGACGUUGCUGUAGCAGCUGCUGAGCAGGCAGGUGCCGUAUCCGCCGAAAUGGCAGAGUUGCAGCCAGAUCUAGUCUCUCUUGGUCCAUUCGUCUUGCCGCAACCGCCGCCAUUGACAGAAGAGGAGGCAGCGGAAAUUGGUCGCAGCGCCGUGGGGAGAGUCUUUGAGAUGCUCACAUCCACUGCGAUGGCCCCGAAUCCUGCCAAAGGAAAAGCCCAGCAGCAUCUAGGCUUUUCUCGAUUAGCGGGCAGCACGUUCGACCGUGAUGCCUGGGUUACCUUACUUACAAGACUCGCCACGAGAGCGCCCGCGACUCUAGAAGUCGAUGAUGCCAAGAAGACCGAAUCAGACCCACGAUCCAGGAAGACCCCAGCAAUCUCGAAUUUCAUCCGCGAGUCAUUAUACCGAUACAUCCUCGAAGAUUUUAGAGCGCGGGUCAACGUCGGGAUCAUGUGGUUGAACGAAGAAUGGUACAAUGACCGAAUUCAGAUGAAGUUUGCUGCUACUCAGCGGACUGAGGAAGACGAGGAGGCAUCUGUACCCCUACAUUACGAUCAAUGGGUCCUGCGACUACUGGAUGGCUUUUUACCCUAUCUGGAUUCCCGGGAUACGAAGAUUUUUAUCCGAUUUCUCAGCGAAAUACCGGAGGUCACUAUUCCCAUCACAAAGCGAGUCUCCAGUCUUGCGAAGGAUCCCGAAAGAGUCAACUUAUGUGUUCAGUCAUUAUUGUAUCUCGUGAUGUUCCGCCCUCCUGCUCGAGAAAUGUGCCUCAACGCUUUGGAAGAUGUCUACAAUACGUAUGAGGAAUCGAGACCAGUCGCAGGGAAAAUCCUUGCCAAGUGGCGGCCGCACGCGAUAGAACAGCGGCAGCAACAACAAGAACAGUCACAACAACAGGGGCAGAUCUCGGUGGCCAACCGUUCAGCACCAGCGGAAAGCACUGGAUCACUCGCAAAUGAAGGGAGUGUGCCAGCGCAAGCGGACUCUGCCAUUCAGCCGCAAGUAUCUGCCAGCUAA